AUGUCGUUUAUAGCCUAUGCAAUAAAAGACAAAAAAACUAAUGUCAUCAUCUUCUCCGCUACAGCCAUUGCGCUGUACGGCUACGACCAGGGUAUGAUGUCGCUCAUCAACACAAACUACAACUACCUCGAUACCAUGGGCUUGUACGAGGAGUCUCCCAUGGUCGGCGUCAUCGUGGCUGUUUACUAUCUCGGGUGCGCAGUUGGCGCCGUCCUUUUCUCCAAACUCGCCGACGAGUUCGGGAGGAAAAGAAGCAUCUUUUUCAGUUUGGCUACAGCUUCUUUGGGGAAUUUGCUCAUGUUUACCAGCGGAAUGGGUAUUCUGGGAAAGAGCAGUCAGGUCGCUUUGGGUAUCAUGUUGACGGGAAGGGUGAUUAUGGGUUUGGGUGUUGGAGGUAUUGACGCGGUGAUCCCGACGUACUCUUCUGAGUUGAGUUCGGACGAUUCCCGCGGUAAAGCUCUGGCGCAGGAGUUUCAGAGCAAUAUUUUCGGCCUCGUCAUGGCUUUUGGCAUCAAUCUCCUCGUAACGAUUCUGCUUGGCAAGCAAAACCAGUGGGCGUGGCGCAUCCCCAUUAUUGUCAUGCAGGUCUAUCCUGUCCUGCUUAUUGCGUUUGUGGAGCGUCUUCCAGAGUCUCCGCGCUGGCUUAUAUUUCAUGACCACAAGGAACAGGCAGAAGAGGCAAUGGAAGAUAUUUAUGGAGAGCAAGGAAAGGAUAAGCUUGAAGUGCUCCUGGAGCAGCAUAAGAAAGAGAAGGAUGAGAAGGCUGGUUAUAUGGAUAUGUUGACACCUGGACACCCGCAGUUUCACCCUACAAUGAUCACAGUAAUGUCUCAGGUCAACCAGGCAUUGACAGGAUACGGCGCAGUCAGCGUGUACGGGCCGCAGAUCUUUGAAGUAUGUAACUCUGAGUCCUACAAUCUUUACACAUUACUCGGCUUCUCAGUCCGCAACUCGGAAUAUCUCACUCUGGGAAACUACACAUCGUACUUCUUCCUCAUGACCCUCGCCUGGCUUCUCAUCGACGCCAUCGGUCGCCGCAAGAUACUCCUCCAUGGCUCCAUCAUCCUAGCAACUUCCUUUGCGCUCCUCGCUCUCUUCGGUGGCCUCGUGGCAAACUCUGACUCUUUGCACAUCCCCGUAUAUGUCCCUGGUAUUAUUGGCACAGUUGUUCUCUUCGUGGCUACUGGCGCUUUCGGAAUCGGCUGGCUCUCGACUGUCUGGCUGUUCCCAACUGAAGUGUACCCCACCACUGCCCGUGCGCAGGGAACUGCCAUCUCCGUCAUUAUCUGGGGCCUGGCCAACUUUGCUAUCACGUUUCUUACACCUGUGCUCUUCAAUAACUUGGACUACUACAUCUUCCUUGUGUUUGCAGGUACUAAUGCUUUUGCUGGCAUGUGGACGUACGUCUAUCUGCCGGAGACGGGUGGACGCACUUUUGACGAGAACAUGGAGUUCUUCAAGGAGGCAGCGGAACAGGGCACCUGGCGAGUCAGCAAAGUGGGCAAGGGAGAGUGGAAGAAGAUGGUGUAUCCUGAUCCUGAGGGCGAGGGUAAUGUGGAUGCUGAGCGUGUGCCCUUGUUGCACAGGAUAGAGGACCAGGUUCCUAGUAUGGGUAGCAGCUGAUCAUGCUGGCCUAAAAUGAAUAAGUAAAGUACACAGGUUACUUUUUCCUUAUAUCCAAGAUGCAGCUGCCCAGCAGACUGGAGUGGAUAGAAGUAUGGGGCGGCUGUGGCAAAAAGGUGUAAUAGAGGUAUGCAUCAGCAUUAGAAACAUAGAUCCAAUUUCAUUACCAC